ACUUUAUAUAUUUUUGUUCUGUGUUGGGUACUUGUUGUGAACACGAACAAUGCCACAAUACAAAGGAAGUCGCGAAGUAAUAUCAAUCCACGUGGGUCAAGCAGGAGUUCAGAUUGGAAAUGCGUGUUGGGAACUGUUUUGUCUGGAACACGGAAUACAGCCCGAUGGUUACCAUGUUGAAGAUGACACUUAUGAUGAAGAAACUGAGACAAUUAACACUUUCUUCGCAGAGACCGCUGGUGGGAAACACGUUCCACGUUGCCUUUUUGUCGAUUUGGAACCAACUGUCGUUGACGAAGUUCGCACUGGAACAUACCGAAGUCUUUUCCAUCCGGAACAGCUUUUGUCUGGAAAAGAAGAUGCAGCUAAUUGUUAUGCAAGAGGAAGAUAUACAAUUGGAAGAGAAAUGAUUGAUGUAGUCAUGGACCGUGUUAAGCGUCUUGCAGAGAACUGCAAUGGACUUCAAGGAUUUGUAAUAUUUCAUUCAUUUGGAGGAGGAACUGGAUCUGGUUUUCUAUCACUUUUGAUGGAAAGAUUAUCAACGGAAUACGGAAAGAAGCCAAAGCUAGAAUUUGCUAUAUAUCCAGCUCCACAAGUAUCUACAUCAAUGGUAGAACCAUAUAACUCAAUUCUAAUGACACAUACAACACUAGAGCACUCUGAUUGUACUUUUAUGGUUGAUAACGAGGCAAUUUACGACAUUUGCAGAAGAAAUUUGGAUCUAGCAAGACCAACCUACACAAAUUUGAAUCGUUUGGUGGCUCAAAUCAUCAGCUCAAUUACAGCUUCUCUUCGUUUCGAAGGUGCUCUCAAUGUUGAUCUAACUGAGUUCCAAACAAAUCUCGUUCCGUAUCCACGUAUUCAUUUCCCAUUAGUCACAUAUGCUCCACUUGUAUCUGCUGAACGUGCUUCUCAUGAGCAGAAUACAGUCUCUGAUAUGACACAUGCAUGCUUUGAACCAGGGUAUCAAAUGGUCAAGUGUGAUCCAAGAAGAGGAAAAUAUAUGGCAGUGUGCCUGCUGUAUCGUGGUGAUGUUGUACCAAAAGAUAUCAACUCAGCAAUUGCAGCUGUAAAGACAAAACGGACAGUUCAAUUUGUUGAAUGGUGUCCAACCGGUUUCAAAGUUGGCAUCAACUAUCAACCACCAACAGUUGUUCCGGGUGGAGAUUUGGGAAAACAGACAAGAAGUGUUUGUAUGAUCAGUAAUACUACUGCUAUCGCCGAAGCAUGGGCUCGGCUCGAUCAUAAAUUUGACUUGAUGUAUGCAAAACGUGCUUUUGUGCACUGGUAUGUUGGAGAAGGAAUGGAAGAAGGCGAAUUCUCAGAAGCCAGGGAGGAUAUGGCUGCUCUCGAAAAAGAUUACGAAGAGAUUGGGGAAGACGAGCUUCCAGAUGACAUUGACGAUCAAUCGUAUCGAGGAAGAAGCUCAGGGUCCCGAUAUUAACACUUUAAAAUAAUUUAUUUUCAUCCAAAUUCAUUUAUUUUUCAAUUAAUAAAAGGAAAUUAUUUAAAUUU